CAGGCACCCGCUGCCCCGCCGCGGCUCUGCCUGCGCCGCCCCGCUAUGGAGCAGGGGCCGGCGGGGGGGUCUGCAGCCGCCACCACCGCAGCUUCCGCCGGCACCGGUACCGGCACCGGGGGUCUGGUACUGCCGCUGAGCGAGAGCGAGCAGCAGCGCUACUCCGAGCUCUUCUCGCGGUGCUGCCCACCCCCCGAGGCGGCCGCCGGGGGCAGCAGCGUGGGCGAGCUGUUCCGGGCCUCUCAGCUGCCCCCGGACACGUUGCACCAGAUAACAGAAAUUUGUGGAGCCAAGCGUGUGGGUUAUUUUGGUCCUGCUCAGUUUUAUAUUGCUUUGAAGUUAAUUGCGGCAGCGCAGUCUGGGUUCCCAGUACAGAUUGAGAGUAUUAAGAAUGAAUUGCCUCUGCCGCGGUUUGUGGCGCUGAAAAAUGACAGUGAAGUACGUUACGGGACUCCAGCAGAACUCCAUGGAGUUAAAUUUCAGGUUCCACAUGCAACUUUGGAAAAAAAUUCCUACAAAAGAACAGAUGAAGGGGACAAACAGGAACCCAAGUCUCCAUCAAUGUCUCCAAUCUGCUCACCACCUGCUUCUCCAUCUACUUACCAGAGAAUACCCUUAAGUUACGGAUAUGGUAAAUCAAGAAGUGGGCUGGAGCAGCAGCAUGGAGCUCCAUAUGAAGUCAGGCAUUCUACUCACCAGCAAGAUGGACCAUCAUCAGGGAAUUAUGGAGCCAAACCUGCAGCUGCCUGUUCGACUCUUAAUCGGUCUCUUUCAGUGGAGCGGGAGCAGCAGGACAGCAGCACCCACUACUCAGAUGACCCCUGGAGGAUAACAGAGGAGCAACGGGACUACUACAUCAACCAGUUCAGGUCCCUGCAGCCCGACCUAAACUCCUUUAUUUCAGGUUCUGUGGCAAAGAAUUUCUUCACAAAAUCAAAACUCCCCAUCCCAGAGCUUUCUCAUAUCUGGGAGCUGAGCGACGUGGAUUGUGACGGGGCGCUGACACUCCCGGAGUUUUGUGCCGCUUUCCACCUGGUGGUUGCGAGGAAGAAUGGUUACCCCCUGCCAGAGGUGCUGCCAGAGACUCUGCUGCCCGAGUACCUCCAAACAGCUUCUUUGAAGCCCAUCCGUGAUUGCACACUAUUUGAUUGCUACUCUGAGUCCUUGCCAGGUGGUCAGCAAACUCGGGACUUUGCUCGGACAGAGAAGGCAUCAGCUGAAGAGGCACCUGAUAACUCUGCCCUGUUACAGGAUGCAAAGAAAGAUGACAAACAAGCUCUUAAAGUAAGAACUCCUGUCAAAACAAUACCAAAGGAAUUUCAACACUUGAGUGUGAAAACAGCUGCUCAGGAAUCUCAUGCACUUAAAGCCAGACCACGUUCCAGGUCAUAUUCUAGCACGUCAAUAGAAGAUGCCAUGAAAAAGGGAGAAGAGCCCCCUACUCCACCUCCAAGGCCACAGAAAUCACAUUCCAGAGCCUCCUCUUUGGAUCUAAACAAAAUAUUUCAACAAAACACACAAGCUGUGAGGUCUGGCUGGCUGCCUCCACCACCGCCCGCACUGCCUCCUCGACCUUCAGUAUCUCAGACAGAGCCAGUAUCUGAGGUUGAAUUACAUCCUCAGCUGAAUAGACCCCCAUCACAGGCAGAAGAAAACAGUUCAGCAAAAAAGGAGGUUGUUCUUGCUCAGCCGCCCUCCAAACCCGCCCGCAGGAAGCUCCGGACAGAGACACAGGGGCUGGAAACCCCCGAGCAUUCUCCCACUAUAAAUGUGACUUCUUCCUUGCCAGCAGUCAAGCCUCACCUCCCAGUCCAAAAACAGUCUUCCAAGCAGAAAAGGGCUAUUCAGACCGCCAUACGAAAAAACAAAGAAGCCAAUGCUGUGCUUGCCAGGUUGAACAGUGAGCUCCAGCAGCAGCUGAAGGAGGUUCACAAGGAACGGAUUGCCUUGGAGACACAGCUGGAGCAGCUUCGUCCCGUCACUGUCUUAUGACCUCCUGCAGCAGCUGUAUAGCAGGGGAAGUGGAGCGUGUGUCCCAACGUCCUUGCAAGGAGAGGAGAGCAGUGUGGCUGGGCAGAGUUUCCACCAAGGUGAUGGUGGUGGCAGGAAGGACCAGCUUGUCCAGUCUCCCUUAACCCCCGCUGAGCAAAUUGCCUUUGCAGGUGAAAAAGAUAAACAAACUUUGGACUGUCAGACGUUUUUGAGCUAGGAGAUGCUUUGCCUUCUUUCCUUCCUCUUCCCAGCCUAAUGUGUAAAUGCAGCUUAUCACUGAAACCAGUAACCUGAGAGUAUUUUAUUUAUGUAAAGAAAUCCUGAUUUAUACUCGUUCUGGCAGCACCUCCUGUCCUGAUCAUUAAGAGGUACAGUGUUCCUGAAUUCCUGCUAAAAUUUAAAUAUUGUCCUUUGAGAUGAGCUCCUGGAUGUUACUGAUUCCUGUAGGAUUGUAUCAUGGUAGAGUACCAGCAGUAAUGUACUACAGGAAUAACACUCGCUGGACGUACAGAGUCUUUAUCUACAAUCAUGUGUCAGAUAAUUAUUUUCUUAGCGCUGUUUAUUAUGCAAUCAUGGAUGUAUUUUGAUGUUAGAGAAGUUGUAUUUUGUAAGUCCAAAUCAUAUGAGAGAAAAGUAAAAAAGGAUAAAAUUUAAUUAUUUUGGAAAUUACAAAUAAAAAAGAAAUCUGUUUUUUGAGUUAUAACUAUUUCCUAUCACCAGUGUUUGAUCACUUGCUUGCAGCUGCCAGUGUUUUGUUUUCUUUUUUUACCAACUGUAUUUCUAACAAGGUUAAAAUGCAUUCUGGGCAUUUUUAUAAAAGCUAUUGUACGUAUGUUUGUAGUAGUCUGCUUUGUCUUAAUAACUGCUGAUCUGUUUUGAGGAUGCAUACAACAACUGUAUUUCCAGCAUAAGGAAGGUAGCAAAAGUACUGUAUGUAAGGUUAUAAAACGUGUGAUGGAAAUAAUAGCCUUUUGUUAAGGGUUUCUUUGCACCUUGCUGGAGAUGUUGCUGAUAGGAUGAAGCUGGUAAUGCCCAUCUGUUUUCCAAAUGAAGAAGCAAAGGCUCAGUUUUUACCUGGGUGUGAUCCAGGGCUAACUGAAUGUCAUGGGAAUUUUUUCCAUGGAUGCAGCAGUCACUGGCUUUAGUCUCUAUUCUUGCAGUGGAAGCUGACUAAAAAUAAUGUCACUUUAUUUUUUGGGCCAAUGCUCUUGUAUUGGGCUACUUCAGGCACAGCCAUGUCAGCCCUGUUCCUCCUAUAGAUACGAUGCAUGUUUCAUUGCCAGGGAGUGUCACCUACCUGCUGUCCUUCUUAAAGGUGACGCUGCAUGUGUUUCAUAUCCUGGUUUUCACUGACCUAAUUUAAGUGCAUGCGUUUGCCUUGCAGACGUGGUGCAGCAGUUUUUUACCACUGUAAAAGGUAAAAUCGUAUUACCAAUGGUUUUACCAUCAUUGGUGUGAUGCUUUCUCCCUGUAGCUAUAGGAUAAGGUGGCCCUAGGGCUGAGAGGAUGGAGAAGCAAGUUGGAAGCAGCUGGGUAGCUUCUCUUUGGAAAGGCUACAGUGGGGUGUUGGAGGACACCAGAGCAAUCAAAUGUUUUGUUGAGAGACAUCAUUGGGAGUGUUUGAAGUGACAAGGAAGCUGCCAGCUUUUGCUGAAAGGGAUAUGGAUGUGUGACAUGGAUCCAGAAGUCUGAAAUUGAAAAUAAUAAUUUGCAAACUUGUUACUGGAAAUCUGUUUUUUUUUUUUUUUUUUGGUAACACUUUGGUUUUGAUUCUACUAAGUAUCAUUGUGGUAACAAGCAACAACCCUUCGUCUGGAUUUGGAACUUCUUCUGUGCUGCUGUUGCAUAGCUGGGGUCAGACAGCCAUUCCUGGUCAGUGACAAAACACGAGAACUGCAAACUUUUCUGGGAAGCUGCAAAACAGACGCUGCCCCCUUGCUGGUAGUGGUACUUUUCAGAAUUUAUCGUCAUUUAUUUCCUAUGUUCAUAACGCUGAGUCAUUCCUGAGAUUUUGCUGAGGUUCAGUGCUCACUCUUUGCUUUUUAGUCCUUACAUUGUCAUUUGGGUUAAUAAGCCCCUGGUAUUCAAUAGGAAGUAAUCAUGUGGCACAUUUGUUUCUUAUUUUAUGGGUGAUUUUUAGAGGAAGGCUUUUCAAUGAUUACAAAGAAGUGUGCACAUUGUAUUUUUAAGGCAGUGGAGGGAUUUUUUUCAUGUUUGAUAGGAGCUUCCUCUAUAAUAACCCCUUAUUUAUUUGACUUGGGUUAUUCAUGGAAUAAAUGCUGUUCAAAGGAAGAGUGGAGAAGUCUGGUUUCUAUGUCUUUCUUUUAAUGUCUCUCGUCUAACAUACAGGGUUUUUUUUCAUUCACUUGAAAUUAGGGCACCUGGUUAGCCAACAAUGAAAUAUUUACUCAGUUAUUACUCUAUCACAGAUCUUAAUAAAUUUAAAAUUUAACCAUUCUUGCAUUUUUAGAGAUGCAAUCAAAUGUUCCACUCAUCUUCAAGACUUAGAGUGUGAAUUGAUUUGUAUUCUCUUUGGUGAAAUGUUGGUUAUGAUACAGUACUUCACAUAGAGAGUAAAGCAAAGUGUUCAAUAAGAAAUGUCAGUGUAUAUGUGUACAAUGCAGAAAAUUGUUUCAUCUGUCUCAUUACUUAAACAUUCAUGAUAGCCAAUGCAAAAUGAAAAAGUGCCUUUGAUUUUGGGAAGCUAUUAGCAUUUUGAGAGGGACAGGGGAAGGCAUCAGGAAGCUAUGACAGUGCUUCUGGCAGUUGUUUUAUGAAGCCACACUCAUGGCUACUAUUAACAGACCCUGGCUUGUCAAAAUUCACAUCUAAAUCCAUUAGCACAGAUUUUCUCAAACAGUUUGGGAUGGGUUUUUUUGCAUGUUUUUGUUUUGUACUGUUUUGGGGUUUUUUUUGAUGUGAGGUUUUGGAGUGCUUUGGGUGUGUGUUUGUUUUAAUGUGGGUACAGCAAAGUCAGUUUCUUGCAGCAACCUUUACUUUCUGAAACUUUGGAUAGGAGAUGCUCCUAGAUGUUUCUUGACCCAAGACAGGCUGUCUGGUUAGAAAUGGAGACCUUACAAGCAGUUUGCUCAAUGUUCAUGGCACUUUCUUGAGCAACAGGAGAGAAAUCAGCUUUAAACCUCUGAUAACCCUGACCCAGAACAGUAACAAGGGCAUCUGUCCAACCUUGCAGCCCAACCAAGGGAAGAGAGAAGUUUCCCAUGCAUGAGGUAAUCACACUCCUCAGUUCAUGGUUUCUGUAAGUAUUUAUGCAGAGGAGAACAUUCCCAGGAAGAGGAUAACUGGGAACAGGAGCUGGAACACAGCUUCCUAGCAUCUGAGCAGAUGUGCAGACCAUGAACCUGGUGCCCUUUUCUAAGUCUUCAAUUUUACGCAGUUAUUCUGGUUUGGAUAAUUAAAUAUUUUUGUCUGCGGGACAAGACUACCUGGGGCAGGUAAAGAUCCUCCUCAAUGUAUCUGUGCAUUCACGUGUCUUCCUUUUGAUAAUGCAUUUCUUUAUGGCUCUGUUCAUGUUCAUAUCAUGAAAUAUCUGUUUAGAGAAAAAAACAAAACAAACAAAAAAUGAAAAUCGUUAUAAAAAAGAAACAUGUUCAGACAAGUGCAAGGACUGCUUGCCUUUGUUGAUCAAGCCAUUUUUAUAUAAGCCUUUAGAUAUAAACAAUGACCUGGUAAUUAAGCAAGGCAAACACUUUCCAUUUCACUGGCGUUUCUUUAAACAAACAAUCUGUAAGUAAACAUUAAUCCUUCAUGAUCAAUGUCCUGUGGAAACUUUACCACCUCUUUCCAGACAGUUCUCAGUUCUCUCUUCCAGAGGGUUUUGCUGAUGUAGCAAAAAUUGCAGCUCAGCCCUGUUAUGGGAAAGUUGGUGAAUAUCCUUUUUAACUCAAAAGAUUAUAUCUAAAUUGUCUUUACAUGUGUGGCAGUAGUUUUGCUGCUGGGAAUUCUGUAUCCAAGUUGGAGAGUGGAACUUGUUUGGCCAUCACCCAGAAAGUCCCAGCUUGACACUGCCAGUACUAACCAGUGCCGGGUGGUGAGGACUAGCAUGAUAAAAUGACCUCAAAGGGAUAUUUGGGACUUGGAACCCUCCACAGGAAGCAUGGUAAGAAAAUUGCCUUUUGGUGGUGUGUAAGCUGCUUUCCUCCAGCUGAGCUUCCAGAUCAGGAGAAGGAGAGCCUGGGAAAGUUGCUAGCCAGGGAAUGAGGUGUGUCCAUUUUCCAGCCCCAUCAGCCUUUGGCCUUCAGCUCACAUAAUCCUUGACAAGAAAAUACACAAAGAAGGAAGAGUGGCCUUCGUGAAGCCACAUAUUUUAUUGACUGAGGAGUUAAAGUAUUUUUUUCAGAAAAAAAAAAGAUACAGUAUGUUGGAGAAGAGAUGAUGUAUUUUGAAGCUUUUUUCAUUUAUCUCUAUGAUAAUGUGCUGUGAGGAUAUGCAUUAUGUUUUACUCUGUUACUGAUUUUUUAUAUAUAAAAAGAUCAGAUUGCAAGCCAUUAUCAUUGUUAAUCU